AUGGGUAUGCCUGGCGGACGACGCGAAGCUGUAACUAUAGUGGCACUAUGCAUUGCCUGGUACACCCUCAGUUCAGCUAGUAAUGUUGUAGGCAAGCUUGCGAUGACCGAAUUCCCAUAUCCUCUAACAGUGACUAUGGUGCAGCUACUAUCGGUGGUGGUGUACAGUGGACCAGCUUUCGCAUUCUUCGGUGUGCGUCGUGAACCAGAGUUCUCGCGCCCGUAUUAUUGGCGGGUUCUUGUUCCUCUUGCUGUUGCCAAGUUUUUUACUACAAUGUUCUCACAAGUUUCCAUAUGGAAAGUGCCCAUUUCCUAUGCUCACACAGUGAAGGCGACGACGCCGCUGUGGACGGCGGGGCUGGCGCGCGUGCUGCUGGGCGAGCGGCAGCCGCGCGGCGUGCAGGCGGCGCUGGUGCUGAUCGCCCUGGGCGUGGCCGUCGCCUCGGCCACCGAGAUGCACUUCGACGCGCUGGGGCUGGGCGCCGCGCUGGCCGCCGCCGCGCUGCUCAGCCUGCAGCACAUCUACUCGAAGCGCGUCAUGCGCGACACCGGCGUGCACCACCUGCGCCUGCUCCAGAAGCUGGGCGGGCUGGCGCUGGUGCUGCUGCUGCCGGCGUGGGCGCUGGGCGAGGGCGGCGCGCUGUGGCGGCUGGCGCGGGGCGGGGCGGGCGCGGGGCCGCGGGUGGGCGCGCUGCUGGCGGCCGACGGCGCGCUGGCCUGGCUGCAGGCCGUGGCCGCGUUCAGCGUGCUGUCGCGCGUGUCGCCGCUGGCGUACGCGGUGGCGUCGGCGGCCAAGCGCGCCGCCGUGGUGCUGGCCUCGCUGCUGCUGCUGCGCAACCCGGCGCCGCCGCUCAACCUGGCGGGCAUGGCGCUGGCGGCGCUCGGCGUGCUGGCCUACAAUCGCGCCAAGCUGCGCGCGCCCCCCUCCGCCGCCGCGCACCGCCCGCUCCUGCCCGUC